GCGCACUUGGCUGGAUUGUUUUGACAGGUCGGGCCGAGUAGGUUGUAGAGCAGUAGAUGUCGCGAGAGUUAGCCUCACAGCUCCUGUGGGCGCUGUAAGUAUGGCGGGCCUGGGGACCCCGUCUGAACAGGAGCCACUCUUAGGCGACCGCACACCCGGAAGCAGGGAAUGGGGUAUUAUAGAAACUGAAGAGCAUUAUGAGAGCCGAUGGAGAUCUAUUAGGAUUCUGUAUCUUACUAUGUUUCUCAGCAGUGUAGGGUUUUCUAUUGUGAUAAUGUCAAUAUGGCCAUAUCUCCAAAAGAUCGAUGAGACAGCUGAUGCAAGUUUUCUGGGCUGGGUUAUUGCUUCCUUUAGCCUUGGCCAGAUGGUAGCUUCGCCUGUAUUUGGUCUGUGGUCUAAUUAUAGACCAAGAAAAGAACCUCUCGUCGUCUCCAUCUUCAUCUCGGUGGUGGCCAACUGCCUCUAUGCGUAUGUGCACGUCCCAGCUUCUCACAACAAAUACUACAUGUUGGCUGCUCGUGGAUUGGUGGGGUUCGGCGCAGGAAAUGUAGCAGUUGUUAGAUCAUAUGUUGCUGGUGCUACUUCUCUUCAGGAAAGGACAAGUUCCAUGGCAAACAUAAGUGCAUGCCAAGCAUUAGGUUUUAUUCUAGGGCCAGUUUUCCAGACCUGUUUCGCACUCAUUGGAGAAAAGGGUGUGACAUGGGAGACGAUACAGCUUCAGAUCAACAUGUAUACAGCACCAGUUUUACUCGCUGCCUUCCUGGGAGUUUUAAAUAUUAUUCUCAUCCUUAUUAUAUUAAGAGAACAUCGUGUGGAUGACUCAGGACGACAGUGUAAAAAUACUAAUUUUGAAGAAGCAAGUACAGAUGAAGUUCAGGUUCCCCAAGGAAAUAUUGACCAAGUUGCUGUUGUGACCACCAAUGUUCUGUUUUUCGUGGUCCUGUUUAUCUUUGCCCUUUUUGAAACCAUCCUUACUCCAUUAACAAUGGAUAUGUAUGCCUGGACUCGGGAACAAGCUGUGUUAUAUGAUGGGAUAAUUCUUGCUGCUCUUGGAGUUGAGGCCAUUGUUGUUUUCAUGGGGAUUAAAUUACUUUCCAAAAAGGUCGGCGAGCGUGCUCUUCUCCUGGGAGGACUCGUCGUCGUGUGCGCUGGCUUCUUUGUCCUGUUACCGUGGGGGAGUCAGCUUCCCAAAGUGCAGUGGGAAGAUUUGCAUAAUAGUUCAAUCCCUAAUACCACAUUUGGGGAAAUGGUGAUUGCUCUUUGGAAGUCUCCAAGCGACCCCAGUGGAGAGCCAACCGGCUGCCCAGUUGAACAAGCCUGGUGCCUCUACACGCCCGUGAUCCACCUGGCCCAGCUCUUCACGUCGGCGGUGCUCAUUGGGAUGGGCUACCCAUCCUGCAAUGUCAUGUCCUACACCCUGUAUUCGAAACUUCUGGGACCGCAGCCUCAGGGUGUCUACAUGGGCUGGUUAACGGCUUCAGGAAGUGCCGCGCGGAUCCUCGGGCCUGUGUACAUCAGCCAAGUGUACACGUCCUGGGGCCCACGAUGGGCCUUCAGCCUUGUCUGUGGAAUCGUGGUGCUCACCAUCACACUCCUGGGAGUGGUUUACAGGAGACUCGUUGCUUUUUCCGUAAGGCACGGAAACAUUCAAGAGUAGCCCGGCUGACAGACACUGCCAUGGGAGAGCUUGCUGCGUGGGGCUUCCUUACUGAGGCUCUGCUAGACAGUGAGUGCUCUGGGUCGGUCUCAGAAGCCUGGCUUCGGGUGCCGUGCAUUCUGAAUGGCAGGAACAUAUGUUGAAUAACACAGGGAGCUCUACGAGUAAUUGUGAAUAGUAAGGUACAAAAACAUUCUGGAUCAUAAUUUCUUUUUCUCAAAAAAGAAAUAUUCUUCAUUCAGCACCCUUUUGGGGGUUCCAUGAACUCAUGAGUGAAUGAACAAUGGCCUACAAAUGUGAAAUUGUAUUUUUAGUUCAAACUGCAGAGGCGUCAUUUAAAGUAACGAAAACAUAUAUGCAGUGAAACCAUAGUAGAGUUUUGAAAGAACUACCUAUAACAUGAUGAAAUUAUAGAAAUUGUUUACCUAAAUAGCUUUUAUUCAAAGAUAGCUACUUUUGAUUUAAAAAUGUAUCCUCUAUUCUAUCAAGUUUCUUUAUGAAACAAAUAUCAUGCCUCUUUAAUUUUUCCACUUACCAUGACUGACAUAUCCCACCUUACCAUCUUUAAGUUAUUUUUAAUACACCUUCUGUCUUACCUCACUAAGUAACCCCUAAUUUUAGUAGAUGAGUAACAAUGAUUCCAUUAUUUUAGCAAUAGAGAGGAUGAAGAGAUCAAGAUGGAUUUCACUGCCUUUAGUAGGGAUACUUUUUUCUUUCAAGUGCUAAUAAGUAGUUCACUUUAGAAACACAAGCCAGGUAUGUUUUUGUAUAUACCUACUGAACAGCAAACUGUUUAUUAUUACUGGCAUUUUCACCUCCUUAAGUUCUGGAGGAAAAUGAUCACUUUAUUUAUUUUUCUUUCCCGUCACUUAGCCGUGGCAGGGCAGACACAGCAGUUUUCAUCCGUCUGCACAGCUGUUCAGACCCGCAGAACUUCACACUUGGACGGCCCCCAGCGGCCCCAGUGCAGUCAGGCAAGAUGGUUUUCAUCUCACGGUUUGCUGAGUGUGCUUAAGAACAAGGUCUGUGUGUGCACGUCUCUACCACUACGUAAGCUGGGUGCUGGUAAAAAGAACUAGUGUAGAAGGAUGUGCAUGCACGAUCAGGGCUACCAAAAAAAAAGUAACACUGGUUCUAAGUAUUUUGUAAAUGUUUUCUACUGUAAGUUAUAAAUAUUUUCAAAUCUGAGAGUAAACACUAUGAUCUGCACUUUAUACUGAGUUUCUGGUACUGAAUUUGUUUUGUUUUGUUUUUGGCUUGAACGACAGAAAUCUAUUUCUCACAGUUCGGGAGGUAGGAUGUCCAAGACCGAGUAUUGGCAGGGCUGGUUUCUUCUGAGGCCUCUCUCCUCGGCUUGUAGAUGGGUCUGUUCUCCCUGUAUCUUCUGUCUGUCUGUCUCCAGCUUUAUGGAGAUACAGUUGACAUGCAGCAUUGUGUGAGGCUAAGCUGUACAUGUUGAUUGGAUACGCUUACAGACUGUAAAAUGAUUAUCAUAGCAUUAGCGAAUACCUCUAUCACAUCACAUCACAUCCAUUUCCUUUUUGUGGUGAGAACAUGUAAUAUCUACUCUGUUAGCAGCGUUGAAGUUGUGUAAUGCAGUAUUACUAGCUGUAAUCUCCAGGCUGUUCUGAGGUCCCCAGAACUCGGGCACUCCAUCACGGCUAGCCUGCCCUCUCUGACCAGCGCCUCCACCUUCCCUCCAGCCCCAGACCUGGCAGCCGUCAUACGGCUCUCUGCCUCAGCCAUGCGGCUCCUUGAGACCCCACGGACCAGUGAUACCACCCCUAGCAUAGUGCCCCCGGGUCCAUCCCUGUCAUCGCAAAUGGAUCUGCUUCCUUAACGGAGUGAUGUUCCAUGGUGUAUUAGUAUGUAUGUAUGUAUACAGACCACACUCCCACCAAGAAACAGGUGUGAGGUGGUAUUUCAUACGGUUUUGAUUGGCAUUUCCACGCGGAUUAGUGAUGUGGAGCACCUUUUGAACGUACCUGUUGGCCAUUCGUGUGUCUUCCUUUGGCAAAUGCCUUUUGAGAUCCUCUGCCCAUUUUCUUAUUGGAUUGUUUCAGCUUUUUUGCCACUGAGGUUUGCUGUCUCUUCAAUCCAACGUCUUCAGCUGUAAUAGAAGGCUGAGCCUGGCAGAAAUCCUGUGAUAGCAUUUCAGAGAUUGUUUUCACUCCUCUCCACCUCCCGUAGCAAGACCCUGCUUCAGCUAGAUUUAUCAGAGCGCUAGCCAGUUUUCUGGCUGUUGGGUCACGUCCUGGGAUCUCUUCCCUGAUGUUUCACAGCUCCUCCUGUCUUACGUUUUCGGGGUGCUGUAAUCCACCCUUGGUGUGGGUGCUGUGCAUGGUAGAAAUAAUGAUAAUGAUAAAAAAUGGUAACAAUGAACAUUUAUAGAGUUCAUAUCCCAGGUAAUGUGUAAGGUACAGUUUAAUUCUCAGUUUUAUAGAUUAAAGGUAUUAUGAUUUCCAUUUUACAGGUGAAGGAACAGAGGCACAGAAAAGCUAAAGUACUUGUCUAAGUAACAGUCUGUCUUCAGAGCCACACUCUUAACCACUAUGUUUUUCAUAGUGAGGAAAACAGCCCAGUUUGCAGUAACAGGUAAUGAAUUGCUAAUUGUAAAUUAAGUUACCUGUACCAGUGACUCUGAUUAGCAUAAGUAUUUGACAAAUAUAAUUUGAUGCCCAUUGACAGGCUUUUAUCUUAGUUCAAUGAUUAGCCUGUUUCUAUGCAAGAAUAUGACAUAGAAAGGCUUCUCAAUUUCUAAAAAUGUAUAAUAAUGCAAACAAAUUAUACUCACAAAAAUGACCGCCAUGUUUUUAGCGAGAAUACGGUCUUCUCUGGGGGAUUACCCACCAGUGCACACCGGGGCACAAAAGAUGAGGAAGUAACAUGGGGUUGACGAGAGCAGCAAGGUGAAGUUUGAGGAAAAAAUCACUAGUUGGGGUGUUAGGUGGGGCAAGUUGAAUAUAAACAGAAAAAGAUGAUAGCAAGCCCAAAGGUAUGAAAAACUCCUAAAAGUAGUAUAUAUUUAAGAAACGAUGUUUUUAAAACCUAAACUUGUUAAGAGUGACUGUCAUAUUUUGUGGGGAUUUAUGAUUUCACAAAACAUGCUACCUUCCUAAGUUUGGCUAUAUUUAAAAUAAACUUCAGUUAAAAAUCUAUAAAUAAACUCCAGUUUGUAUAAAACUUUUCUCUUGCCUAAGUAAAAUAAAUCUGUAUGUAAUUUGUUGUUUUGACAAGGAUAAACUAUCUGCUCAAGAAUAAAUUAUUUUAAGAGGA